AUAAUAAUAAUAAUAAUAUUUAAUUUAAAUGUUGUUUUAAUUUGUCCUCUCAUUUUAACAUUUUUGAACUUUCAAAUUACGAAGGAAGCCUCCACUUCUUCUUCCUCUUCCUCUCUCACUUUCUUUCUGCAAUCAUUUGAUUUUUUCUAGGAUUCAUUCGAUCUCCCUCUUGUCAUUGAGACUCGCUUGCAUUCUCUUACUCUAAACUUUCUUCAAUUACCGGAUCUAGAUUCAACGUCUCUUCGUGUUUCAACACAAGCUAGCUCCGCGAAAUGAUUUGGAGUGAGUGAAAGAUGAGCAGAUAUAGAUUCUCUGAGCACAGUUCCAGAGAUCGUUUAGCUUCGCCACUGCCCACUUCUCCUCAAGGAAAGAAACAGACUCACAAACUCAAGUCUCCAAGAUCAUCAUCUCCUCAGUUUCAUUCUUUCCACUUUGAGAAAGCUCUAACUGAAAACAAGCUGCAUCAAGAUUCUGCUCAUCAAACCAAAACUGGAUUACCAAUGAAAAGCUUGCUAGCUCAAGAAAUGUCAAAGCAGACAGAACCUAAAAGGAGAUCACCGAGCAUUAUAGCCAGACUGAUGGGACUCGACGUUUUGCCCCCUCAGAGCUCUUCCCACAGGCAACAAAAGCCUGUGGAGAAUCAGCAAGGCAGUUCUUGUGAUGGUAAUAAGUCUCUGGCAAGAAGGAGCUCAAAGGAGGAGCAAAAGUUUAAAGAUGUUUUCGAGGUUUUGGAUGCAAAGAGGGCAGAGGGGAAUGGAAACUUAUAUCACCAGGGGAGGGUGAAAGCUGCUAAUCUCACUCAGGCAGAGAUGGCUUUUAUAAGGCAGAAGUUCAUGGAGGCUAAGCGUUUAUCAACGGAUGAGAAGCUUCGUCAUUCUAAAGAGUUUAAUGAUGCGCUUGAGGCUCUGGACUCUAACAAGGACCUCUUACUGAAGUUUCUCCAGCAACCAGAUUCUUUAUUCACUAAACAUCUGCAUGAUCUUCAAACCACACCUCACAAGCCACAUUACAGUCAACCAGAUAAGAAGCCUCAUCGGCAUGGUGGUGGUUCUCAUACUAGGCAUGCUUCUUAUGACACACUUGACUUACCAAAUGUGGAGCUGAGAAAGAGAAGUGAGCUGCAGCCAACCAAUAUUGUUGUUCUGAAACCUAACCUCGGUGAGCCACGUUAUGCUGGUAGAGCUUUUGCAUCGCCAAGCUCUUCUUCCGAUGAGUUCAGAGCAGAUCGUAGGCUUCUUCCAUGCACCAUUAAUCAUGUCAGGCAGAAAAGUAAUGAAGACAACGGCCUUUCAAGACGGAGUUCUAGAGAUUCUGGAGAAUAUUCUAAAAUAAUGUCUAGGCAAAGGAAGGGGAGCUGUAGUAGUGCAAUGAGCUUUGAGGCUUCAGGAUUCAGAGGAUACGCAGGUGAUGAAAGCUCAUCAGGGAGUGAUUCCGCAAGUGAAUCAGAGCUAGUGCCAGUAACUUCAAGAACAAGAACCGCCUUUAACCGCAAGAACUACCAUAGAUCUUUGCCUUCCAAGUCAUCAUCAUCAACAACAUCAUCUGUGAGCAGGGAAGCCAAGAGGAGACUCUCAGAGAGAUGGAAGAUGACACACAAGUACGAGCAAGAGAUAGAAAUUAGUAGAAGCGGCACAUUAGCUGAGAUGCUUGCAACUUCAGAUAGGGAGGCAAGGCCAGCAAGUUUUAACGGACUCAGUUUUGAAGAAGGGAUUAGUAAAAGAGUUGAGAGCAAUGCUCAGUUGUCUGAAUCGCCAGAACCGGUUGGAAUAAGUAGUAGAGAUGGUUGGAAAGGAUCAUCUUCAAGAAGUUUUUCAAAAUCCAAAACCAUCAUGAACCAGGAAAGCACUUAUGGUUACACAAUAGUGCUUCCUAAGGAGUUAAUUAGUAGAGAUGGAUUAGUGAAGGGGAGCUCUUCUCAGUCUUUCAUGUCAACCAAAUCAUCUAGACAUGGUAGUAAUAAAUCUCAUUCAUCAAACAAUAGUUCGCCAGAGGUCAACAGGAGCCCAAGUUUAACCAAGUUUCUUUAUAUGAACCACGAGAUUCAUCAAAAGGGGAAGCUCUCUUCUUCUAAAGCAGGUUGCAGUUUCUCAGUAGAUGCAGAUUCAGACACUGAGGAUAGUUCAGCGACGGAUGAUAUUAAGACGGCAUUGUCUUCCGAAGCUCCAGAUUUGUCAACUGUCACUUUGUUAACUGACCCUGAUGUCUCAAGGAUGGCAACUGAGGAUGUAAAUCAUUCUUCGGUUCCUGAACAACAGUCUCGUGAAAGCUCAAAGGAAGGAGAUCAACCAAGUCCAGUUUCAGUUCUAGAAGCUUCUUUCGAUGAUGAUGAUGUUUCAUCGAGUUCGGAAUGCUUUGAGAGUGUUAGCGCUGAUCUCCAAGGACUCAGGAUGCAACUACAGCUCCUCAAACUAGAGUCAGCUACUUACAAUGAAGGUGGAAUGCUUAUUUCGAGUGAUGAAGACAAAGAACAAGAGGAGUCGUCAAAUAUAACUGAUGAGAUUGUGAUCAGCCAAGAGGACUGGAAGUCACUAUACUUAGCUGAUCUCCUAGAUAACUCCAAGUUGAGCAACGCAGGCCACAACACUGUCAUGGAAACACCUGUGGAUCCAUCCUUGUUUCAGGAUCUUGAGAAGAAGUACUCCAGCUUGAAAACCUCAACCCGGUUAGAAAGAAAGUUUCUAUUUGAUCAGAUCAGCAGAGAGCUAAUGCAGAUACUAAAGCAGUUUCCGGAUCCACACCCUUGGGUUAAACCCACAAGGGUUUGCCAGAAAUGGGAUGUGAACAAGAUAGAAGAGACUCUGCUCGAUUUGGUGACAAGAAAAGAGGAGAAACCAAGGAAAGAUGAUGUGGAGAAGAGGGAGUUUGAGUGGCUGAGUUUGGAAGAUGACAUUGAAAUCAUAGGUAGAGAUAUUGAGAAAAUGCUGACAGAUGAACUCAUAGCAGAGCUUGUAGUAGAUGCAAUCUUCUAGAAUGUUAAAUAUUAUCUCUAUUUUGCAUACUGUUUCAAAAAAAAAAAAAGACAAAUGUAAUAUGUAAUGAUA